AUGUUCAACACUAGCCUCCCCAACGACAGCUACCCCCAGCAAUGGUCAGCCAAUAACUCCAACUCCAACUGCAGCAAGAACGACGGCUUCAAAUACCCCCUGUACAGCACGGUCUUCAGCAUUGUGUUUGUGGUGGGGCUCAUCACCAACGUGGUGUCCAUCUACAUCUUCACCUGCUCUCUGAAGCUGAGGAACGAGACCACCACCUACAUGCUGAACCUGGUGGUGUCCGACCUGCUGUUCGUCUUCACGCUGCCCCUCAGGGUCUUCUACUUCAUCAACCAGAACUGGCCGUUCGGAAGCAUGCUCUGCAAAGUCUCCGUCUCCCUCUUCUACACCAACAUGUACGGCAGCAUGCUGUUCCUCACCUGCAUCAGCGUGGACCGCUUCCUGGCCAUCGUGCACCCCUUCCGCUCCCGGACGCUGAGGACCAAGCGCAAGGCCAAGAUAGUGUGCGCCGCCGUGUGGGUGCUGGUUCUUUCGGGGAGCCUCCCCACGGGGUUCCUGCUGAACAGCACCUCCAGCGACAACAAGGACAACGCCACCUACUGCUUCGAGAACUUCUCGUCCAAGCAGUGGAAGUCCCACCUGUCCAAGGUGGUGAUCUUCAUCGAGACGGUGGGCUUCGUCAUCCCCCUGCUGCUCAACCUGUGCUGCUCCAUCAUGGUGCUGCAGACCCUGCGCCGCCCCCAGACGGUCAGCCGCGAGGGCAAGGUGAACAAAACGAAGAUUCUGCGCAUGAUCAUUGUGCACCUGUUUAUUUUCUGCUUCUGUUUCAUCCCCUACAAUGUAAACUUGGUGUUUUACGCCCUCGUUCGGACAAAAACGUUAAAGUCCUGCUACGUGGAGUCGGUGGUUCGGACCAUCUACCCGAUCGCCCUCUGCAUCGCCGUGUCCAACUGCUGCUUCGAUCCCAUCGUGUAUUACUUCACCUCGGAGACCAUCCAGAACUCCAUUAAGAGGAAGUCUCAGGUCAGCCGUACGUACGACAUCAAGUUCUCUGAGGCCCUGCAGUCGGAGAGCGGCUCCCACCUGCAGUGCAGCCUGAUGACCCUCAAAGCUAAGGUGUUCAACACCGAGUCCUCCGUGUGA